AUGAUCCUGCAGUUCAGCCUGGUCCUGGGAGAUGUCCUGGUCAUCCCUGUUGCUCCACUCAGGAUUUCCUACUUCAGCCUCAGCAACCAGUGGCUAUUUGGGCAGUUUCUCUGCCAGUUUGAAGUCUUUCUGCACAGCAUCCACCUGUACAGCAGCAUCUAUUUCCUGACGCUCAUCUGCAUUCACCGGUACUUUGUCAUUGUACAGUACAAGCGCAAGUCCCUCUGGAAGAAGAAGAGCUUCUUGACAAAGCUGUGCUUGCUCGUCUGGCUCAUCCUCCUUGCCCAAGGGCUGCCUUUCUUCUUCGUCAUCAAGACUUCAGUUAUUGAUGGAUCAGAAAAAUGCCUGGAUAUUCAUCAGUCAGAGUUGAUCUCUGUUUACUACUUCUACAACACAGUUUUGGUUGUGCUCUCGUUCCUCCUGCCCUUUGCCAUUUCCAUUACUUGCGGAGCUCUGUUGGGAGCUGCCAUUGUGAAAGCAGCAAAGCAAAGCUCCAGAGGCAAGAAAAUGAAGAGCAGGUCUCUGAAGAUGAUAACAGUGUCUCUGAUGAUUUUUGCCAUCUGCUUUGGCCCCCUGCACAUCUGCAGGACCAUCAGUGUCAUUAUGAAGUACUACAACAUGUCUUGCAGUCUCCUACACCAAGUGGAAUUUGCCUACCACAUCAGCUGGGUGUUCACCAUGGCAAACACCUGUCUGGAUCCCCUGAUCUAUGUGUUUGCUAACGACAAGUUUAAGAGGCCCUUUACUGACUCCUUUUGCAAACGCUGGAGCACCAGGGACUGCCUGCGCUGUAAGGAACCUCUGACUAGGCACCGCUCCCGUCAGUACCCAGGGCGGCUGGAUUUCCUGAACGUGGGCUUCCUCACACUACUGAAGUGA